AUGGUCACCAUCACCGAUGCUCACGAGGACUUGAUCCAUGAUGCGGUGCUAGAUUAUUAUGGAAAGAGGUUGGCCACUGCCUCGUCCGAUAAAACCAUCAAGAUCUUUGAAAUUGAAGGUACUGAAAACUACCGGUUAGUGGAGACCUUGGUGGGCCAUGAUGGCCCAGUGUGGCAGGUUGCAUGGGCUCAUCCCAAGUUUGGAUCUAUUUUGGCAUCAUGUUCAUACGAUGGAAAGGCUAUUAUCUGGAAGGAGCAGCCUGAAACCCAGCAAUGGUCUAUCAUCGCCGAACACACCGUUCACCAGGCUAGUGUCAACUCUGUAUCUUGGGCCCCUCACGAACUUGGUGCGUUGUUGUUAUGUACGUCGUCUGAUGGAAAAGUUUCUGUUGUGGAAUUUAACGAGGACGGAACGACGUCGCAUGUCGUGUUUGAUGCACAUGCUAUUGGAGUUAACUCGGCAUCUUGGGCACCAAUUAGUGGUACCAAAGACAACACUGGCGCCACCCUGCGCCGAUUUGUAUCGUGUGGAUCGGACAACUUGGCCAAAAUCUGGAAGUUCGAGCCCGAGGUUGGCAACUACGUCCUCGAGACUACGUUGGAGGGCCAUACUGACUGGGUGAGAGAUGUAUGCUGGUCACCAUCUGUGUUGGUUCGCUCAUAUAUUGCCACGGCCUCGCAGGACCGUACAGUGCUUAUCUGGUCGCAGAGCAGCCUGGGUGAGUGGCAGAAACAGCUCUUGACCGAGGAGAAGUUCCCUGAUGUAUGCUGGAGAGCCUCGUGGUCGUUGUCUGGUAACAUCUUAGCGGUUUCCGGAGGAGACAAUAAGGUCAGCUUGUGGAAGGAGAACUUACAGGGCAAGUGGGAGUCUGCUGGAGAGGUUGAUCAAUAG